CAGUUGAGUUGUGUUGUGAGUGUUGGAUUUUAGUGGCUAAUUUAACAUUUAGCUAACUUAUUCGGGCCUGGUUCAGGAUCUUCAGACUGUACGUGUCGUUCAUUGACAACAAGAGAAAGGCGUUCUACCUUUCAUCGUUCUGGUUGACGGAUGCAGAAGUCCUCAUCAGAGACCAAAGCACGGUGUGUGUAAAGUGCUGUGUAAACUGGCAUGGGUCAGGCUGCUGUUCCUGUAAUCCAGUGUGAAAAUGGUCCCUGUCUGUGCUGCUUGUGCCCUGUUAAGCCUUGCACCCCUGUUGGUGCUUGGUGUUCCUCCAAUAUGGACCCAGCCAGAGCAGGUGCACCUCUCUUAUCCAGGCGCGCCAGGUUCUAUGGUGGUGACCUGGACCACCUUCAAUAAGACGGAUAGCAAGGUGGAGUACGGCUUUCUGGGGGGUCGGCUCUUUGACAUGAGUGCCAAAGGUGAAGCCACUUUGUUUGUGGAUUCAGGAGAGGAGAAGAGGAGGAUGUUCAUCCACAGAGUCACUCUCACAAGCCUCAAACCAGCUGCUACUUAUGUCUACCACUGUGGGAGCGAUGAUGGUUGGAGCGACGUGUUCUCCUUCACUGCCUUGAAUGACAGCACUAGCUUCAGUCCCAGGUUCGCUCUGUAUGGUGACCUGGGCAAUGAGAACCCUCAGUCUCUGGCUCGUCUGCAAAAGGAGACGCAGCUUGGCAUGUACGAUGUCAUCCUGCACAUAGGGGACUUUGCCUAUGACAUGGAUGAGGACAACGCCAGGAUCGGAGAUGAGUUCAUGAGGCAGAUCCAGUCCAUAGCGGCCUACGUGCCUUACAUGACCUGUCCAGGAAACCACGAAUCCGCAUAUAACUUCUCCAACUACAGGAAUCGUUUCAGCAUGCCAGGCCAGACUGAGAGCCUCUGGUACAGCUGGAACCUGGGGUCAGCACACAUCAUCUCCCUCUCCACCGAGGUUUAUUUCUAUCUCAAAUUCGGCAAGGAGCUCCUCUUCAAGCAGUAUGAGUGGCUGAAGAAAGACCUUGAGGAGGCCAACAAGCCAGAGAAUCGAGCAGUGCGUCCAUGGAUCAUCACCAUGGGACACAGACCCAUGUACUGCUCUGAUGACGACCAGGAUGACUGUACAAAGUUUGACUCCUAUGUCCGACUGGGACGGAAUGACACCGAACCACCAGCUCCUGGUCUAGAGGAUCUUUUUUACAGCUAUGGAGUGGAUGUGGAGCUGUGGGCACAUGAGCACACAUAUGAGAGGCUUUGGCCUGUCUAUGGUGACAAGGUGUACAAUGGGAGUAAAGACCAACCUUAUGUGAACCCAAAAGCUCCAGUGCACAUUAUCACAGGCUCUGCUGGCUGCAGAGAGAAGACAGACAGGUUCAAUCCAAACCCCAAAGAGUGGAGCGCUUUCCGCAGCACAGACUACGGCUACACUCGCAUGCAAGUGUCCAAUGCCACCCACCUUUACUUGGAGCAGGUCUCUGAUGACCAGUAUGGGAAGGUGAUUGACAGCAUUUGGGUGGUGAAGGAAAAGCAUGGCUUCUCUGCCUGGUUCUGAAGACCAUCGUGCUUUUAAAAAACCAAUCUGCUCAGGAAAUGCACUUUGAACUUUAAGCAUCUUCAUAUGAUAUUUAGAGCUUAUCUGUGAUUCAGAGAUUGUGUGCACAUGGCUCUCAGCCGGGUAGCAGCUAAUGAUGAUAACAGCACAAACAAUGCUAACAAUGACUACAAGAAGUAAUGGUGUUAAUCAAGCCAACAGUGUUAGGGUUGUUGAGGUAAACUCCAGGGUGGAAGCUAUGCUUCUGCAACAAUGCCAUCCAUAUUUCAGCAGUGACUGCUGUAUGAGCGCAGUGCAGAGUGCCAGCAGUUAGCUAGCCGGUGGUAUACGCACACAUUGGGACUCAUACUCACUAACAUGCAUGUGCAGCCGGACCUUCUACCACAACAUUGGAUGUAAAAGAUUUAAUUCUCUGCUCAUGACGCCUUUACACUACUAUAUCUUUACAUAGCAAAUUGUUUGCUACAAUAUUAAUGCUCUGAAUAUUGUGUAGAGCUUCAUUAAAACAAGCUCUCUUUUUUUGCUGCCUCACACUAAUUAUGCACUGAUGAUGAACGAUUUUAUUCCUGCUCAUUCUGCUUUUCAGUUUAAUAUGUAUUGAAUUAUUUGAUUCCAAAAAUUUUCCACUAUAUUUAAUUCAAUUAGAAGACCACUUAAUGGUGAUGAUCUACUGUAAAUGGAUUUUUUGUAAUAUACAUUUGAAUAAAUUCUGCUUUUUCUAUGGA